CUGCCUCUCCCCCGAGGAGGCGUUUCCCACCGCAGGAGAGGCGUGGCCAAAGCAGGCCUGGCCAAAGGAGGAGGAAGUGGUAGCGCGAGAGAGAAGGAGGAUGCGACCCGAGGACGAUGGCCGGCCGCGCGCAGAGAACAAUGACAUCAGAAGAAGAGACAUUUUGGUCUGUCCCAAUGAAGGCUAUAGGAUCGCAGAACCUACUGACAAUGCCUGGAGGUGUCACCAAGUCAGGAUACCUGCACAAAAAAGGAGGAACACAGUUCCAACUCUUAAAGUGGCCACUUAGGUUUGUAAUUAUCCACAAGGGCUGUGUUUACUACUUCAAGAGUAGUACAUCUUCAUCUCCUCAGGGUGCUUUUUCAUUGAAGGGUUAUAACAGGGUUAUGCGGGCAGCAGAAGAGACGACAUCAAAUAAUGUAUUCCCUUUCAAGUUGGUGCACAUUAGCAAGAAACAUAGGACCUGGUUUUUUUCUGCCUCCUCUGAAGAUGAAAGAAAGGACUGGAUGGCCUCACUUAGAAGGGAAAUAGAUCUCUAUCAUGAAAAGAAAGAAGCAGUUCCUGAUUUAAGUGACUCUGGUUCAGAUGCUGACAGUUUCUAUGGCUCAGUAGAACGACCUGUUAAUAUACAUUACUCUCAACAUUCAAUAGAGAAUUCAGAUUACGACCAGGAUGAAGAUGAUGAUGAAUACUUGCAGCCAGAUGAUUUAGACUGUGCGAAGUGUGAAGAUCAAAAAGUUUUCCCACCAAAAUAUCCGCCCCCUCCAGUUCCUCAGAUGGAAAGAACUUCCUAUUCACAUACCAAGGCAUCCUCACUUUCUGGCAAGUCCAGAGUGGCUGUGUUUCCACCACCACCUCUGAAAAACAGCUCGCCUCAUGUUAGGCCCUCCAUUCUUCUUGGCGUGAAAGGAGAAUUCCCUUUUAAUUACCAAGCAGAGCAUAAAAAGGGAACCAAUUCAACAUGCCAGCAAGCGAGUGGCCAGGGACCACCAGUGCCUCCAGUCCAUUUGCCCCCAAAACCUAUUUUGUUUACAGAAAUCCGCUCUGCACCAGCUGUGUGUCAGCCACAAACCAAUGUGUUACCUGCUACCAAAGAGUAUGAGAAGCUUAAAGAGUUAAAACUUUCUACAAAAGCCCCCCCUCCGUUGCCAAGCAGCAAGCCAAAAUUAUCACAAAAUGCGAUGCACAUACAAGAACCAAGGAAGCCAGAUCACCCUGGAAUAUUGAUAUCCAAAGUCCUCUCUAACUCACAAGUGUCUCGGGACAAAUCAUCUGUGCCUGUGUCCAAACCAGAGAAGCCUUUUACUCCACAGAGAUCAUCUCCAGAUGGACAAAGUUUCCGAAACUCUUCAUUUGAGAAACCAGUCUCACCUUCAAAAUCAAAAUUAUCUGGAGAAGAUUCUGAUGAUGACUAUGAGAAAGUUGAGUUACCAAGUUCUGUAUUUGUGAAUACCUGUGAAUCUCUUGAAGUUGAAAGGUUGUUCAAAUCUGAAAAUUCCACAGGACAUCUGAAAGAUGGAUUAUUCUGUAUUAGGAAUUCCUCUACAAAAACUGGAAAGGUAUUAGUUGUAUGGGAUGGAUCUAUUGAAAAAGUGAGAAACUACAGAAUCUUUCAACAGGGCUGUAAGUUUUACCUGGAGGCAGAUGCUCUGUUUAUGAGCCUUGGAAAUCUGAUUGAACACUACUGCAGUCAUGUCUUGCCAGGCCACGUCAGUUUGAUCCUACGGUUUCCUUAUGGUUAUUCAGGACCAAGGUGACAGACCUUCAUAAUCCACUGUGACACUAACCACAAUGAGCAAGUAUGGGUUUACAAGACAAGUGUUUUAUUUCCCAUGUAAAUCAGUUAUGAGGAAUGCAUGGAUCACCUGAUAUUGGAGUGCAGCUUCCAUCAUCUCUCACCUGUGGCUCUUAUGUUAGGGUGAUAGAAUUGCUAUCUGCCAACCUCCCAGAUCUCAUUCUAAACUAAAAAGGAAUAAUUAUACUCCUUUCACAGAGUUGAGGCCUGGACCGGAUUUCUGAGUUACAUAGAAUAAGGAGUAAGGCACAUUGUCAGAAGGAAGCUGACACGUUUUUGGCAUAGUUAACUCCACAAUGUGAGGAUUCAGCAGACACCUUGUUUGAGGUGCUAGUUUGUCUCAACCUAUGGAUAUGAAGUUACUGUGACUAACAGAACUACUAAGCAAGAAAUUUCUAAAGCAAAGUACUAAUGAUCACUUUACUGUAAUUUUCCUGACUUUUUUGAGUCAGCAUUCAUGUUUGUACUAAUUCAGUAUAUAUAAAUUAGUACAAACUAUGUGUAGCACAAAACCACGGAUAACAAAUUUAUUUCCAGAAUGUAAAAAUCGGUGAGGCUUUUUUUGUUGUCUAACCUUAGUUACAGUCUUAAGUUUCCUUACAAAAUACUGUCCCAGCAUACUAUGUAUGGAAUGUGGAUGUAAUAUGUCAUUUUAUGGUAUUUUGAAAGUAUUUGUUCCUCCAAGGCAUUGUCAUUGUAAUGUAGAGCUGUUAUUUUAAGUACACACAUGCACAUACACAUGCACGUUUCUCUCUGUUUAUUGGGCUACAAAACAGCCAUGUGCCAAACUGAUUGUGUAAAUGUCCAUUUAGCUGACACAAAGCUAGAAAAAUCUGCUGUUAGGUGUUUAGGUAUAUGUGCACUUAGACUUUUUACUAUUGCUGCCAAAUCCAUAGGUUAAUUUUAAAACUGGAUUAAAAUAUAAACCAAAAUAUUUAACAGGAUAGUAAUUUGUUUUUAAAAUUGCUAAUUAAUGUUAUACAAGUUUUGAUAUCAUGUAUGAUGAUUUUAUAAUGUACUGUAAUGAUAAACUUGUAAAAUAAGAAUCUGAAUUAUUAUCUGGAUUUAUAAAAAUGGCUUUUGAAUUUCA